AUGUACCGGCAGGUAUGGGUACACAAGGAAGAUAGAUGUUACCAACGUAUUUUAUGGCGUCAAGAUAAAGAAAUACAAACAUUUCAACUAAACACGCUCACGUUCGGCGUUUCUUCCUCACCAUUUCUCGCCAUUCGGACUGUUCAAAGACUCGCAGAUGACGAGGGUCACGCGUUUCCCCGAGCAAAAACGAUUCUCAAGGAACAUUUAUACGUAGACGACUUGCUAUCUGGCGCCGAAACUGUUAACGAGGCGCGAUCAAUUAGGGACGAAAUCAUUGCGCUACUGAAACGAGGCGGCUUUAGUAUUCGUCAAUGGGCGUCUAAUGACGAGCGCGUUAUUGGGGACCUGGCGUCCGGUGCAGUGCACGCGAACUUAAGGUUAGACGAAGAUCGUUCACUCAAAACGUUGGGAAUAAUGUGGAAUGCACGAGACGACAGGAUACUUUAUUCGGUUCAGUCCAUCAAGGUUUCGGAGAGAUUAACGAAGCGAAGCAUCUUAUCGGAGAUCGCAAAGAUCUACGAUCCGAUGGGUUUGCUGGGCCCCGUAAUUCUGUACGCGAAAAAGAUGAUGCAGGACGUGUGGCGAUCCGGAGUACAGUGGGACGAAUCCGUACCGCAGAGCAUUUAUUCGGAAUGGUUAGAGUUUACUCGACAAUUAGAGUCAAUAGAUCAGGUUUCGUUCGACCGGAAAUUACUGUUAGAAAAUUGUAAGGACAUCCAAAUUCACGGAUUUUGCGACGCGAGCAACGUCGGUUACGGAGCCUGCAUUUACGUGCGUUCGAGCGGGGGAGGGGAUGCGGUCGUCAAACUAUUAUGCGCCAAAUCACGAGUCGCACCGCUAAAAACAACCACCAUACCACGGCUCGAACUAUGUGGCGCGUUACUACUGUCACAAUUAUACCGAGAAGCAAUCGGCGCGUUGAGUAUCACACUCAGCCGUACGACGUUCUGGUGCGAUUCGACCAUCGUUUUACACUGGCUAAAAACGCCCCCUUACCUGCUGAAAACGUUCGUAGCGAAUCGGGUAGUAGAAAUUCGGGAACAUACUGGCUCGAACGAAUGGCGACACAUUAGGUCAGAAGAUAAUCCCGCGGACGCUCUGUCAAGAGGUCAAUUGCCCCGCGCGUUUUUACAAAAUCGAAUGUGA